CUCCCCGCAGCUCGCAUCACGCCCUGCGCACCCCUCCCGGCCACUGCGGGCGGGGGCGCACGGCGUCACGAGGCGGGGAGCCCGAGGUCCGGGGCGGGGCGCCGGGGAAUCCCAGCCGGAGCGAGCCGGGAGGUGCGGGCGCGGGCGGGCAAGGAGGUGCGCGCGGAGGGAGCGGAGCGCGCGGAGCCGGCGGGCGAGGAGGAGGACGGCGAGGGAGGCCCCGCCCCCGCCUCCCGGAGCCCGCUCCUCGCCGCCGGAGCCGGCUCACUUUGCCUUUCGCCUCUGGACGGCGGCGGGGCUGCGUGCGCCGGGGACCGGGCAGACCUGCCCACGGUGCCUCGGCUAACGUUCGCCCUCUGGGAGACCGGCGCCACCUGGAGCUGCGGCCAGCCACCCGGAUUCGGGAGGGCGAACCCGGGAGCGAGGGGCGGCGGCACUGACACCGCGGGGGACGCGGGCGGUGCGGGGCGCGAGCCCCGGGGGAGCUCGGGCCCCGACGGCGCGGCCUCCCCGUGCGCGCGGCGGGCAGGCCCCCGGGGCGGCCAGCCAUGACCUUCGGGCGCGGCGGGGCGGCCUCGGUGGUGCUGAACGUGGGCGGCGCCCGGUACUCGCUGUCCCGGGAGCUGCUCAAGGACUUCCCGCUGCGCCGCGUGAGCCGGCUGCACGGCUGCCGCUCGGAGCGCGACGUGCUCGAAGUGUGCGACGACUACGACCGGGAGCGCAACGAGUACUUCUUCGACCGACACUCGGAGGCCUUCGGCUUCAUCCUGCUGUACGUGCGCGGCCACGGGAAGCUGCGCUUCGCGCCGCGGAUGUGCGAGCUCUCCUUCUACAACGAGAUGAUCUACUGGGGCCUGGAGGGUGCGCACCUGGAGUACUGCUGCCAGCGCCGCCUAGACGACCGCAUGUCCGACACCCACACCUUUCACGCGGCAGACGAGCUGGGCCGCGAGCAGCCUCGUCCCGCCGGACCCGAGGCGGCCCCCUCCCGGCGCUGGCUGGAGCGCAUGCGGCGGACCUUCGAGGAGCCCACGUCGUCGCUGGCCGCGCAGAUCCUGGCCAGCGUGUCCGUGGUGUUCGUGAUCGUGUCCAUGGUGGUGCUGUGCGCCAGCACGCUGCCCGACUGGCGUGCGGCGGUUGCUGACAACCGCAGUCUGGAUGACCGGAGCAGGAUAAUUGAAGCUAUCUGCAUAGGGUGGUUCACCGCGGAGUGCAUCGUGCGGUUCAUCGUCUCCAAAAACAAGUGUGAGUUUGUCAAGAGACCCCUGAACAUCAUUGACUUACUGGCAAUCACGCCCUAUUACAUCUCUGUGCUAAUGACAGUGUUUACAGGCGAGAACUCUCAACUCCAGAGGGCUGGGGUCACCUUGAGGGUCCUCCGAAUGAUGCGGAUCUUCUGGGUGAUCAAGCUUGCCCGGCACUUCAUUGGUCUGCAGACACUGGGCUUGACUCUCAAGCGAUGCUACCGAGAGAUGGCUAUGUUACUUGUCUUCAUCUGUGUUGCCAUGGCAAUCUUUAGUGCACUCUCUCAGCUCCUUGAACAUGGGCUGGACCUGGAAACAUCCAACAAGGAUUUCGCCAGCAUCCCCGCUGCCUGCUGGUGGGUGAUUAUCUCUAUGACUACAGUUGGCUAUGGAGAUAUGUAUCCUAUCACGGUGCCUGGAAGAAUUCUUGGAGGAGUUUGUGUUGUCAGUGGGAUUGUUCUGUUGGCAUUACCCAUCACUUUCAUCUACCAUAGCUUUGUGCAGUGCUACCACGAGCUCAAGUUUAGAUCGGCUAGAUAUAGUAGGAGCCUCUCAGCUGAGUUCCUGAAUUAACGUGUUGCAAACCAGUCCUUGUGCACACUUCAUCUGGUCGAGUUGACACUAGUUCUUCUUCGCGUGUUUCUCCCUGGGUGAGCACUGCAAUGGUGUUGUCCUCCUGUUGGAAGGGUGACAUGAUUCUUCCCAACUCAAGGGUUAAAGCGGUUUACUUACGGAGUAGGCAGGACCGGGACCGGGACACACAGGACAGUAGCACCAGAGGAGAUGCUAGGACCUGGUUUUAUUCCCUCUCGUCUCCCUCCACCUUGCCUCGCACAGUUACGAUGUUGUAGGCUGUUCUUAAGCACAUUAUUUGAACACUUUAAAGCAGAAAGACACUAUUUUCCAAAUGCUUUUCCAUCUUAACGAAUUCAGAAGAAGCUUGGAACUUAACAGUGUUAUUUUUGAGACUAACAUUUUCGUUUCUAAAUGUUUUAUAAUUUCUCAUAUCAAUGUCAGAAGUAUCCUGGAAACAUAUGCCACAUGUGGGAACUGUUUAACAAAUACUUUAAAAAGUUGGCCCAAAUUUAAACUGUAUUGCGGAACUAGAGGCAAGCAAAAAUAUUAUUUGAAAAGCUUUGCACCCUUCUCUAGCCUACCCUUGGCUUAAUUUUUACACCUGUCACUUCUCUUAUCUUACAACUUUAUGGACCCUGAAGUGUGUUUUCUCUUUCCAGUUAGGCCCCCACUUUACUGAAAUAACUUCCAAAGAGUACAUGAUAUCACGGAGAGACCUUGUGUUGUUUAGCGCUCUGUUGGGUGAUUUAGAGUCAGUUGCCGUGACUCAGAGUCCUAGCAUUCAGAUUGCCAGGAGCAUUGCUAACAUGAAAUGACGAGAGAAGUGCUGUGAUAUUUCAGGGUUCGACCCGGAGUUCUCGGCUGAAGCUCUUCUUCUUUAGAACCACAAGGCUCGUAAAGAAGAGACGAUACUUCUUGAGCUUUUUGUCGGCACAACAGCCAUACUUACGCGCUGUCACUAGGCUGUUGUAAAAGGAGAAAUGUUGUUGUCUUGGUCCGGUGUUGCUAAGCAGGGCAGAUGUAGUUCUCUGGCCUGACUCCUCACCAUUGUGAAGCACGGAUACACUGGGUCUCUUUUUGUAAAGUUAUCAGACACUGCUACUCCGUCCAGAGUGCUGGUGUGCAAAAGUGCUGGCUGUUCACUGCUACGUUUCUGCAGUAUGAAUGAAAAUAUUGCUUUUUCAAUAAGUCAUAAUAACACUUGAACACCCCCCCACACACACACACACAUCAGAGUUACUGAUUCAUGAACACUUUAGUAUACGCACUGUGGUUAUCAGGGUUGAAGGGAACGGGUUAGGGACUGGGAUAACCUUUUCAAAGAAAGACUCGCCAGAAGUGUCCAUUAAAGGAAUCUUAGCCAUCAGUCCAGCUUUUAUCAUUACGGGUAGAAAAACCAAGGCACGAGAGCGUGCGGUGACUGUGCAGUUGGCGCUGGAAACUUAGCCUCCUUUAAGCAGGCCCAGCAGUUUGCUCUGCACACGCCUCUAGCUUUGGCAGAAACUAGCAUAGGCCACAUUUCAUUCUCGUUGCCAUGAUCAGGCAAUAAUAGCAAAUUCAUGUGAUACUGCCCAUUAAAAAUAAAAACCUCACCAUUUUUUUCCUAGUACCUUCACUGGUAUAGUUUUACACACUAGAUUGUUAUUUAUAUAUACUUUUUGUUUCAUUUUAACUGAACAUAUGGCCUGGUGUUAUUUAUUUUUAAGCUUUGUGAUUUAUGCAAAUCGUAUGCAAAUGAUAGCUCAUCUAUAUUAUUAGUAAGGAUAUGGUAGCCUUUAAUUUUUCUGGCACUGAGAGACUCUCCAUGUGAAUAUGGAUUCCAUCUCCAAGCAACUUAGUACUCCACUGAGCUGGGACCCUCGAGGGCACACACAGGUCACCAGGUCCUCACAGUGUCCGUUACAGAGGGGCCUGAGGUAGACGAGGAGACAGACACGUGUGAACGUGCGCAUGGAGAGCCACACGUGGGAAGCCACGCGAGCUCUGAGUUGCUUUGAGGUAGCAAGUGAUGAUGCUGGUCUGUUCAUGGGGGCUGGCUUUCAUUGAGAAGCAUCUUGGGUGUUGGUAACAGCAGUGAGCGUCCUGUAAACAAGGGGAUGAGACAUGAUGAACGGGUUCGUUUGUAAAUGAGAAAAUACAACAGCGUGUUUUGUCCUUUAGGAUGCUGGAGCUUCCUAGGAGCAGACUUUUUUUUUUUUUUUCCAGCUUUCUCUGAAUGUUACUAAUUUCAUUUCAUUGUAUAUAUUUGCUUAUUUUGGUGUUGUGUUUGUUUGUUUGUUAAGGGUCUCUGCUGUGUAGAUAAAGCUGACCGUAAACUUGUGACACUCCUCCUGCCUCGUGCCUCCCAAGUGCUAGAAUUACAGAUACAAGUUACAACACCCAGCUGCUCUAAAAAACAAAACCCUAGGACAGAUGGCUCAGUGUUUAAGAGCACUUCCAGUUCUUGUAGAACACUGGAGUUAGUUCUCAUCACCCACAUGUUAGCUCACAACUGUUGAGAACUCCAGACCCUGGGGAUCUGAUGCCCUCUUCUGGUCUCUGUGAGCUUCUGCACGGCACUUUUACACAGAUAGCACACACACACACACACACACACACACACACACACCCCACAGAAAUGAUACUUUUUAAAUUGCUGAGGUGGAGCCUCCUUCUGAGAUGCACUUUAUCAGUCUUCACACUCUGGUCUUCAUGGCAGAAAUGCUCUCCCACCCCCACCCCAGGGAGCCAGCUAUCCUCAGAACACCGAAGAGGGAAGGACGCCCGAAUCUUUCUUUUGAGUGUACUUUGUUUGAGCGAAUCUGAUCCCUUCCUCUUACACAUGACUUGAUUCGUAUUCUCUGAAACAAGAGAGUAGGAAGAUAGGGAAACAAAGUUAGAGAGCAUUUGUAAAACUGAGUGUAUAACUUAAUAAAUUCUUUUUUUUUUUGUUGUUUGAGACAGGAGUUCUCAGUGUAUCCCUGGCUGUCCUGGACCUGCUCUAGAUACCAGACUGGCCUUGAACUCAGAGAUCCACCUUUCUCUGCCUCCCAAAUACUGGGAUUAAAGGCAUGUGCCACCAUGCCCAAUGCUCCCCAAACCCCCUUUAUUGAUUUAUUUUUUUUAUUACUGUUAUUGAGUUGCUGGUUUACACACGUCUGUUUAUUCUUGGGGUUACAUGUGAUUGCACAUUUGCAAAUUCUUAUUUUAAAAUGUUAAAAUCGAUUCAUUCAUAGUAGCUGUCGGUAUGUCAAAAUAUUCUUUUUUUAAAGUACAUUUAUUUAUUUUAUGUGUUUAUAGUACACGUGUGCAUAUGCAUACAUGUGUGCGUGUGUGCAUGCUUGUAUGUGUGUCGAGGUCAGAGGGCAACCCACUGCAUACACCAGGUGGUUUCUGGGAUUGAACUCAGUCCAUAUGGCUUGGAAACCAUCACCUUUUACCUGCAGAGCCAUCUCAUCAGCCCUUCUAAAUCUUUCACCUUUUACCUGCAGAGCCAUCUCAUCAGCCCUUCUAAAUCUUUGGGCACAUGUCUUGCUUACAUCUCUGUGAUCCUGCAGCGUGGAAAUAGGAUAGACCUAAAUGUUCAUGUGAGGAGAAUUAAUUAUCUAAGUUGGUUGGAUAUUUCCUAGAAAAAGCUUGUUUCAUUUUUCUUUAUAGACAUGAGAAUAAACAACUGAAAACGUCUAGUUCUGUUAUACAGCUAAGCUUUGCAACUUUAACUUAACACACAGCGGCAAAGUAACCCCUCUGACCUGACAUAGGUAUGUGUUCUUUGUGUAACACAGCAGACUGAUCUCCCAGUCAAACCUGCAGUAAGUAUCUACAGGGUUACAGGAAGUCAAGGUGGAACAGAUAUAGGCGGCCUUCUGGUCUACCUCACCCCAGGUUCUACACCAUUUAUCCCACCCAGAUUCUAGGAGCAGCUAAGUCUGCUCCACUGGGGUAUGAGUUAGGAAUGGUUUUAAUUGUGUCAGGCUAGGAUAGGCAACAGAAAGUUGAUUCCAGACUGCUAAUGCUUUUAGUGGCUAGAGAGAUGGCUCAUCAGUUAAGACCACUGGCUGCUCUUAUCAGUUGGGUUCAGUUCCCUACCAUCCCCUUGGUGGCCCACAAGCCUUCCUAACUCUCGUUCUAGGGGACCCAAUUCUUUCUUCUGGCCUCCAAGGGUACCAGCCAUACAUACAUACAUACAUACAUACAUACUCUAAAACAGUUUUCUUCAAUGCUUUAGAGAUUCCUUCCUCACUUUUAGUUCUAAUUAAACACAGUUAUUAUUUUUAGAGGCCUUAAAAAUUUGGAAUUAUGCCGUACUUUACGAAACUCAAAUUUUUAAUUUGUUUGUUUGAUUUUGUUUGGGAUUUAUAAUGAAAUAGGAUUCCACAUAUCCUAGUCAGCGCUAUCUAUCUAUCUAUCUAUCUAUCUAUCUAUCUAUCUAUCUACCUAACUAUCUCGUCUCAUUAUGUAGCCCUGGCUAUCCUGGAACUCACUGUGUAGACCAGGCUGCCUUUAAAUUCACAAAGAUCUGUCUGUCUUUGCCUCCUGGCCUCAAGCUGGUCUUGAACUAGUGAUUUUUUUUCAGGUCUCUACCUCCCAAAUGCUUAGAUUACAGGCAUGUGCCACAAUGUACAGAAGGAAUUCAUACUUUUAAGAGAUGUUUUGUCUUUUUCUUUCUCAUGAUCUCUUAUCCCACUGUCACCCCCAGUGCUGGAAAAUGACCUUAUAAUAUGCUAAGCAAACACUCUUACCACAGAGCCACCCUUCUAAGCCCUUCAGUAGAAUUUUCCAAAAAAAUGCAUGCCUAUGAGCAUGUGGGGUAUGUGUGUGUGUGUGUGUGUGUGUGUGUGUGUGUGUGUGUGUGUGUGUUGUAUAUGUAUACAUGUGUGCUACAGGCAGUUGGUUACUGUCAUUGCAUUGUUUAGGAGAGUCACAGCUGAGCAGGAAGCUUUACUCAAGAACUCUGGACAGGCUCCAGUUGGUGAGGAAGGUUGCCUACACUGCUCUGUUUGUUCAGCAAGCAUUCAUAUGGUGUUUGCUUCCUGCCUUUCAAGAACCCGUCUAUACCUCUGGGAAUGGGCACAGCAGUUCUUUUUCUUUCUUUUUUUUUUUUUUUUACAGAAAGAAAAUUAGUGCUUUACUGUCCUGUUUGUUGUGGAAUGUUCCCUAGACCCGUGAAGUGCCACCUAGUAUGGUGAUGUUGCUCCACUAGGUAGGUGACAGCUUAACAUGGACACUUUUAGAUUUCCUAGUUCUCUCAGGCAUUUCCACGGAGCACUUUAACCCUUGUUUCUCCUUCUGGGGAUUGAACCUAGGACCUCAAGUGCACUCUCUCUGAGCUAUAUUUCCCAGAAGUGCACUUUAGCUUUUGGCCUUUUGUGUAGGCUUAAUGGGCAGUUUAGGGAAUGGAAUGUGAUAAUCUGCAUUUAUAGUGCCCUUUAGUUUAUCGUGUUUUCGGGUUUUGUUUUUUUUUUUUUUUUUGCUUUUUUUGUUUUUUUUUUUUGAGACAGAGUCUUGCCUCUAACCCAGGCUGGCCUCAAUUGUGUAGCAAUGCUCCUGAUGUUGGGAUUUAUAGACACACACCACCACACCAGUUCUUAUGCCCAGAUUUCAUUUAGUAGCUCUGGUGGGUAUUUAGAAAUAUCACCAUGAAUCCAACUGCAUAACCCAAGUCAAAGAAUAAGCAACAUUUAGUGGGUAAAAGCCAUGGAGAAUGCUAUUUGACAUUCACCUCCAAGCAAUGACUCCACGUCCUCACUUAUGCCUGCUCCUUUAAAAUCACCACUCCCCAUAAUGCUGCCAUAAAGAGAGAUUCCUUUUGUUAGGUUUCAAUUACUGGUAUUGUUUUCCAUGGCUACAGUGCUGCCCAUAACAGAAUAGAGGCAUUUGCAGAGCGUGAAUGUCAAAGUGCUUAUCUGUUUUGUAAGAAAGGAAAUGUCUUGGAGUUUCUGUCUUUCUGGAUGAAACUCCAUGACCAGAAAGCAAGCUGGAGAGGGAAGGGUUCACUGGGCUUACACUUCCACAGCACUGUUUUUCAUCGAAGGAAGAAAGGACAGGACAGGAACUCAAACUGGGGAGGAACCUGGAGGCAGGAGCUGAUGCAGAGGCCAUGGUGGGGUGCUGCUUACAUAGAUAGUUCAGCCUGCUUUCUUAUAGAACCCAGGACCACCAGCCCAGGGAUGGCGUCACCCACAAUAGGCUGGGCCCUCCCCUCACCGAUCACUAAUUGAGAAAAUGCCUUACAGCUGGAUCUCAUGGAGGCGUUUCAUCAUCUGAGGUUCCUUCCUCUCUGAUGACUCGAGCUUGUGUCAAGUUGACAAAACCAGCCAGGACUGGAAACAUAGUGACAGAUUGAUUUUUUUUUUAUAUAUACUAAUAUACAAUGACUUAGUAAAUAUACAUUUUUGUUUAUGCCUUGUCAUUCCAGUGGGAGUCCACUUUCCUCCUGUAUGAGCCAGUUGUCUGGAUAAUUUCACCUCCAUUGGAAAGAGUAAUAGCCCCAGUUUCAAAUGCUGAAUUCAGAUCCAAGCCAAGUGUUUCUUUUAUGGUUGUUGAAGUACAUCCUUUCCAGUUAUUUCUACAGUAGAAAGAUACAGAAGGUAACAGCUUUCAGUAAGUUUACAAAUCAGGAGAUAAGUAUCUUUUCAAGGGGCUCAGUGGUUAGAGCACCGUCGGCUCUUCCAGCCUAGCUGAAUUCCUGUUAACUCUCACCGCUUCCGAAGGGUUUUUUGGGGGUUUUUCUCUGCUAUUGCGGUCAUGACAUCCUCAGUGUGGUAAUUUUAUUUCUUUCUUUGCAAUCUAGACAUUUCCUGAUUCUUUCUCUUGCCUAAUUGUCUCUGUUGGGACUUCCAGUACAAUGUCAAAUAUAAGUGGCUAGUGUGACAUCCUCUUCUUACUCUGGGUCCCUAAGGGAAGUUUCCACUCUUUACCCUUGGUGUCAUAUUGGCAUUGGAACCCUUCAGAUUGGGGAAUUUCCUUUGUAUUCCUAGAUAAAUGGUGUUUUUAUUGUGACAGGAUAUCAGCUCCUAACUGUUUUCAUGAACAGAUGGGAAGGCUUUAUGGGGCAGUUGAGCUAUGCCGCCUGUGUCAGGAAACAUUUUGCUGAUGAGUCCCUAUGUCCCUUACAAGGUACAAAUCAAGUGGAAAGACGUACAAGUGCUCACUAAUGGCAUUAAACAGCUCCACAAUUGAUAUACAUUGAAUGCUUUCUGAGUCUAUUAAGCUGACUCUCUUCAUUAACUCAAGUUAAUUUGAGUUUGUGUUCACUUGCCUAAGGAUACAGAGACACUAGAACAUAGAUACAAGAUGACUUGUUUCUAUCAGCUGCUUCCUUUGAAUACUUCUUUAUUACCUGACCUUGGAUUCUCAAAGAUUCAGACAAUUGAGAUGCCUCUUGUCACCCUUGAAGUAGUGGUAGUGAGUCCCUCCCCCUUCCCAUUCCCCUCCCCAUCCCCCUCCCCCUUCCCCUCCCUCUCCUUCUCUCCUUCCUCCCUCCCUCUUUUCUCUAUCUCUCUGCAUGUUUUAGGGAUGCCACCAUAGCAAAGCUUGAACAUUGAGCUUCCUGGUAGAACUAAAGCCUGUAUCUAUCCGUAAUAGAUUUCUACUUAGGAAACAUGUUGCUGAGUUCUAAAGGAAGUGUCUCAAAAAUGAGACUUAAUAGUUAACCUGCCUUAGAAGAAAAUUGAGCUAAAUGCGUUCACAGGUAUCUGGCUAAUUUUUUUUCUUUAAUUCUUUUAGUCGUGUGUUCACAGUAGGGGCCUUUGCUUAAUGGGUGUUGUUACCAUAUGCAGCCAUUCUAUGCAAUAAUCCCAAUACUCAAAAGACUAAGACAGGAGGAUUCCAAAUUUGAGAGCAGCCUGGUCUACAUUGACAGUCUUUAUCUCAAGCCAUGAAGAGUGUAGCCACCGUUAUGUCUGUGGGGGUGCACAAAACUGACUCUUAGCUACCCUCACACUAGCAGAUACGGUCUAAGAAAGCUGAGCACCUUGAAAGGCCCUCUUCCUGGUUUAGUCUAAAGGGCUUGGAGAGAUGGCCUCAGUUCUUAAGUUCUUGCAGAGGACCCAAGUUGGGCUCCCAGCAACCACAUCAGAAGAGUUACAGCCUCCUAUAACUCCAUCUCCAGAGGAUCUGAUGCCCUCAUCUGGUCUCUGCAGACACCUUCACUCAUGUGUACAGCCCACCCCAUAGUUAUUUUUUUAUCUUAAACAUUUUAUAACGAUCUGUUCAUUGGUUUAAGGCUUUUUAAAAUAUAAAUACUAAGUCUAGAUUUUUUUUUAAUUGUUGUCAUUCAUCAUGAAUUUAAUCAUCCUGAAAUCCCUUUAAGAAAGAAGUAAAGGGGGCUGGAGAGAUGGCUCAGCAGUUAAGAGCACCGACUGCUCUUCCAGAGGUCCUGAGUUCAAUUCCCAGCAACCACAUGGUGGCUCACAACCAUCUGUAAUGGGAUCUGAUGCCUUCUUCUGGUGAGUCUGAAGACAGCUACAGUGUACUCAUAUACAUAAAAUAAAUAAAUCUUUUAAAAAAAGAAAAGAAAGAAAGAAGUAAAGGAAACAUUUCUAUUAUCUGCAAAUAACAGCUAUUCAGAUGUCUGAAGGCCACUUGUAGGUGUUUUAGCAUGACAGACUUAUAAUGGGUUCCUGCUGACAGUCUUUGUUGUGGUUAGUUUUGUCUACACCGAUUUGAGCUCCUGGUGGAGUCGCAUGUGCACACCAGCCCAGGAGCUAUCUCGGAUCUGCGGAUGAAAUGUACACACACUUACAUUAACUUAUUUUUAAUAUACUUUUUAGCUCAGUGGCCGGGCACUUGUAAGCCUCCCAAGGUUAACAUGCCCUUACCUUCACGUCCAGCCCAACCCCUCUAAACCAGCUCUGUGGCUCAGGUACCUUCAGUGAAGCCCAUUGCUCUUGCCGCCCAGGACGCUUUUCCGCCUCUUUCCCUUGCCAUCUGCAGUUUGAAAGAUCUCCCCUGUAGGUCCAAGUCUGUCCACUCUCUCUCUCCCAGGUUUGUCCAUUCUCUUCCUCUCUCCUAGCCCGUGGGAACCUGGAAGUCCCGCCUCUUUCUUUUUCCCCAAGCCAUUGGUCACUGUCAUCUUUAUCAAAAAACGUAAUGGGGGGGGGGGGAGACCUUCAGAGUGAAUGAACAGACUCCUGGUCAGAUCAUCAGAGCCACCCCCCUACAAAUCUUCACGAGUGACAUGGCUAAUGUAGUAUUUAACUGAACACCACAUUUCUCUAAUUUCAUACAUAUGUCCCGAAGGGCUUUGGCUGAUGGCUAUAUUUUUCAGUAAAUCUUAUGAAUAUGCUGAGCAAAUAUUACUGAUCUUCAGUGCAAACAUGGAUAGCAAACCAAGUGGGGUCUUAUACCUAGAUUUGGGUUACACUGACGGGCAAUAUAUUUAUAAGACGAGUUUCGUGGAAAAAGCAUUCAUAGAGAUAUACUUUGCUGCAACAGUAGAAUAAAUGUAUUCAGUACUAUUUAUAACACUUGUCUGUAAAGUCAAUAGGCUCCCCAAUUCUUAGUUACCAAAUGCUUGUUUAAUGGCUAUAAUUCCUAGCAUUUAGAGAGUAAUGAAAAUUACAGCAACUUUUUAAAAUAAAAAAUAAUGUACUGAUGUUUUAUUAUUUUUUGUUUAAUAUUCAUAAGUAUUCUGAAAACAAAUAUCUGACCCUUAUUGUUCUAAUAAAAUUUGUGUAGAGAAAAGAUUAUUCCAGCCAAAAGUCUUAGAGACACAUCUUUUGGGGGCUGGAGAAACGACUGCAGUUAAGAGCUCUGGCUGCUCUUCCAGAGGACUGGGUUUUGAUUCUUAGCAUCCACAGGGCUACUCAUAGCUGUCUGUAACUCCAACUCUCGGGGCCCCAACACCUUCUUCUGGGGACUACACACAUGCAGUACAUAUACACAUAUGAAGGCAAAACACCCACCACACACAUAAGAAACAAACAAAAUAAAAACAAAUAACUAUUAGAGAGCAUCGUUUGCGCUGAGGCUUAGCACUGUUGUACUGUGCAACACCAGCUCCCUGGUUUUGUUUCAGAGAGAGUCUCAAAUCUGAAGUUAGAUAGCCCAGUCUGACCUCUCGCUGGAAAUCCUUCCUCUUGCUUCAGCCUUCCAAAUGCCGAGGUCUCAGGGAAGAGCUACUUACUGCUGUGCGUGCUUGCUUGCGUGUGUGCGUGUAGUGGCAAUAUCUAUAACCCUAUAUUUACAAACUCAUCAGGUCCAGGGACACAGAUGUUACUGUAAGAACGUGGAGCAGCCACCUGGCUGAGCGUGUCUCCUCCUUUCCCUCGGGGUCAGGGAUCAGUGUUGCCAUGAUCCUGUCCCACGUGGCAUCCUCAGUAUCGUCACCCUUUGGAUUCUCCUGGGUGAUUGCCCUCUUCCCGUUCUGAUGGCCAGGGACAUCAAUUUGGCCUUACCAUCGCCUCGGUUGGGGAAGAGGUUUUCCACAGCCAGGCAGUUUUAGGGGGAUGAGAAAGUCACUAUGGGUGGUUUCCUUUGCAAGGAUAUGUAGGGAGUGCCAUGAUGUGGCACGGAAUAAGCCUGAAACCCGGCCUCCGCACUGAUAGCAUGUGACCCUGGGCACAGAGGAACAGGAAGCAGCAAGUUACUUAGAUAUCAUAACAGUUGACCCACCUGCCAUAUCCCAGAGUGGAAAGUGGGUUUUAUUCAAGUCUCCUAAUUGUUCUCCUUCCGAGAAGAAGAAUGACUCAUUCCAUGGGCAGAAGGUGUGGCUGGUUGGUAUCUGUGUCUGGAAGUGCAAGUGGGCUUGAAUUGAAGUGGAGGCUGUUUAUUUAAUUACUAAAUAAGUAGACUUCAGAUCUUUCCAGCUAGAGGAGAACAUACACUGUAAUUGGCCUCACCCACCUUCACGGUUAGCACAUUUCCAGCCUCGGAACGGCUCGCAACAGCUCUGGGACUGGCACCAGUGCUACCCACCAAGGCGUUUUAAAAAAAGAUUUAUUUAUUUAUUUAUUUAUUUAUUUAUUUAUUUAUUUAUUUAUUUAUUUAAUGUAUAUGAGUACACUGUAGCUAUACAGAUGGUUGUGAGCCUUUAUGUGGUUGUUGGGAGUUGAAUUUUUAGGACCUCUGCUCGCCCAGGUCGGCCCCGCUCUCUCUGGUUGGCUCUGCUUGCUCCGGGCAGCCCUGCUCACUCUGGUCAACCCUGCUAGCUCCAGUUGGCCCCAUUUGCUCCAGUCAACUCCACUCGCUCAGUCCCUGCUUGCCCCGGCCCAAAGAUUUAUUUAUUAUUAUACGUAAGUACACUGUAGCUGACUUCAGACGUACCAGUAGAGGGCGUCAGAUCUCAUUAUGGGUGGUUGUGAGCCACCACGUGGUUGCUGAGAUUUGAACUCAGGACCUUCGGAAGAACGGUGGCUCUUACCCGCUGAGCCAUCUCGCCAGCUCCCAAGGAUGCUUUUACAUCUUCCUACAACAGAAUGAGCCGGGACCUCACAACCUGAUGGCAGCUGGCAUCCUGGACGAGGGGAAUUUGGGUUGUGAAUCUCUACAGUUGCUCAGUUAGCAUUUGCUAACAUCAUCAUCAUCACCACCACCACCACCAUCAUCAUCACCACCACCAUCAUCAUUUUUAUUUGUUCAGUUAGGUAGCCUUAAUUUUUUUUAAUCCUGUCUUGUUUCUUUUAUUUUAAUCUAAUCUGGAAACGUAAUAAGCGAUUCCUGCCAAACCUACCCCUAAAGCAACGUUUUUUCCGUAGUAAAUGAUUAAAUUAUUGGGCAAAAAAAUAAUUCAAAUUUUUCUCUCUUAAUGUCAGCGAGGGUUUGGUCGAGGAAAUGAGUGUGGUAACUUUUUAAAGCGCUCUCCCUAUCAUUAGUUUAUUUACUUACCAGUUUAUCUUUGUAUUGGGAACACUGUGGAGCUCCUUCCAGUUUUAAGGAAAACAUUUUGAAUGUGACUCUAGCUGGUAAUCAAAUUUUUACUGACUGGCAUUCCAUCAGUCUAUCCAGUAAUUAAAAAACACAUAGACUAAGUCUCGGGUUAGAGCAGAAAGCUCUUGUAUUUUUCUUCUGCAGUGUGUAGCAUCCAUCGUUCUUAGCCUCUAGGGCUCCAGAUUGGUAGCUCGCACGUGAAUGCACCAAAUGGCCUGUGACUCAGAUCUGUGUUACUCUUUAUCUCAGAAAGCCAUCGCCUGGAAAUGCCCAAAGAGAACCCGUCAGGCCUUUUCUAACUUGAAAGUAAAGACUAGAUCUACUUCUGCAAAGUUUGCAUUAUACAGAUUUUUUAAAAAAUUUGUAAUCUAUAUGUUAUGAAUCGUGUUCUAGUUGAAUUAUGUAUGUAAGGGUAAAGUGUGUGUCUGUCUGCACUAAAUAAAGUGCUUUAUACGUUUGGCCAUCUGUAACAUGGUAGUUCAGCUUUUAAGCUUAAAAAAAUAAUCAUUUAAUUCUAUGUAUUUCAAUUUUGAUUUUGGAGUAAGAAUAAUUUCAAUAAAUCACCCUGCCAUCCCUUUUAAGACCGAGGCCUCUCUCUUUAGUACAGAAUAGCUUGAGUUUUGGUGCACAUUUGUGUUAUUUUAUAGAAUUCUGUCAAAGUAACCUUAUAGUAAAAUUAGCCUUGUGUGGAAAGCCUUAUUGCAAAGAUAUUGGAGAAUUUAAUUUAAAGUACUUUUUCUAGAAUUCAGACUCGGGUAUUUGGGGUCAUAUACAAACAUUUGGAAGAGUUCUCAUUUAGUUAUGGGAGGGAUGUAGCCAUGAAUGUCUCUGCAGUUUGAUGUCUGUAUUUAUGUUGAGUACGUUGUACCUCAGCUUCCUUCCUAGGACUGUCAUAUGAUAAAGUCCAUAGGUGGAUGAAUGGCGUGUGUGUGUGUGUGUGUGUGUGUGUGUGUGUGAGAGAGAGAGAGAGAGAGAGAGAGAGAGAGAGAGAGAGAGAGAGAGAGAGAGAGAACUUGCCUUAAAAUAGCCUCAUAUGGUCAAAUAGGCUUGCCCGUGACUCAUCUCUCCGUGUGCCUCAUGAGUCAGGCCCAACAGAAUCCGUGCACGCAGGAGAGAAUCACUGUCUAACUUUGGGUGAUCCAAACCUGGAUUAAAUACUUCACCACGUAAAGAUUGUAUGGAAGAGGCGACCCUUGUGUGCUUUUAGCUUUUAUUGUUUAAAGUGAUCAAGUAGAUUAGAGGAGGCGUUGGUUUGAGUCACUUUUAAUCGAUUCUUUCCUUAAUGGCAGUGGCGAGGUAGAAUGGGCAUGUGCCCAAUAUUGCUAUUUCCACGACUGACCGACCGCCACCAUUAAUGGUCACUGCACACAUCACAAGAGGGGCCAGGUGUGCUGUGUCAGCCUGUUUAGGAGAUGACACAGAGGGAGGGUAAGGGGAUGCUAUAGUCUGUGUGUGACUUAUGGUAAUUAAAUUGUAUGCUUAAGUCUUAGAGAAAUGAUGGUUCAUGGUCACAGCUUUUGUCACCUGAUAAAAGAGUCCUUAAAUCAGCUUAGUCUAUGUGAUGUAACCUUGUUUUAUACCUUAAUACAGAUGUAGUAGAGUGUGUGAUCCUAUGGUCACAGUUUCUCAUGGCUGUGUUACAUAUGUAUUUAUGUCAGACUUUGGUAGUACCUAUAAAUGUAUAUCCCGUAUUUAACUCAUGGUUGAAGCUUUUUGGCCUCUUCAGUCCUUAAGGAGAUAAAUAUUUUAUUAAACAUCUACUAUGUUUUGUUGUAAACAUGUUGUAUGCACAUCAGCAGAACAGAAUUUGUAUAGCUUGAACAUUUGAAGAAUUAAUAAAUCUUGACUUUGAAACCCA